AUUUUAUCAUCUCAUGUUUUGCGACAUCCUACAUGUAUUAUCGUGCUGUUCUUGGUACUACUGACUAAAGCAAACGAUUGGAAGUUGAUGCUUUAAAGAUGCAAAGAAAGAUUGAAUCCAUGUUAAUCCAAAUGGCAGUAAUGCUAACUCUGCUACAUCUGAGUAUGAGUGCAAAGAACUGUUGUAAAGACAUCAAAAGCAUAAAAUCUGACAUCGAAACAUUGAAAAAGUCAGUUCAAUGUCAAAGCAGUUGUCCAACAUACUUCACAAGGCACCUGGACUCUUGUUAUUUGUUUGUAACCAUGCCAAAUGCAGCAGCAACGUGGUCUGACGCCAGUUACUAUUGUUCAACACAUAAUGCACAUCUUGUUGCCAUAGAGACAGAGGCCGAACAUACCUACAUUGUUGGAAAGCUUCAUUCUGAUGGCAAAAGUGGACUGUAUUUUUGGACAGGUGGUAAUGAUUUGACAGGAGAAUGGCAAUGGAGUGGAGGACCAUGCUUUGAGACAAAACCAAUGGAGUUUACAAAGUGGCAUCCAGGGCAACCUGAUGAGGCUUCUGGAAAUGAGAAUUGUAUGGAUCUUCAUGCAAAAUGGUCUCUAAAUUGGAAUGAUUUUAACUGUGAUCACAAAAUACAGUCAAUUUGUGAGAUAAAUCUCAUAUAACAUUCAAUUCAAAUAUAAAGGCCAUUUUGUUGAUGCUUUGCAAAGAAGCCUGGUGGAGUUGAUAAAAACCAUGGGUACAUUCUACAUGUACCGUAUUUGUUUUUCAUUGAAUGUCUUACACUAAUAUGCAACUCAAAGAGAAUGUCUAAAAGUAAACAACCCUAUACGGAUAUACAUGUAUACAGGGUGGUCCAAAAAAUGGGACACUCGGAUUUCAAAAAUA